UCCAAGAAAAAAGGUUUGAGCUUUGAGGAGAAGAGAGCCCGCAUGAUGGAGAUCUUCUUUGAAACAAAAGAUGUGUUCCAGUUGAAGGAUAUAGAGAAGAUUGCUCCAAAAGAAAAAGGGAUUACCUCGAUGUCAGUGAAAGAGAUUCUGCAGAGCUUAGUUGAUGAUGGCAUGGUGGACACUGAUAGAAUUGGAACUUCCAAUUAUUUCUGGGCUUUUCCAAGUAAAGCUCUUCAUGCCAGGAAGCGUAAAUUAGGAGAAUUGGAGUCUCAGUUUGCUGAAAGCAAUCAGAAAAAAGAGACUUUACAAAAAAGCAUUGAGAAGUCAAAAAUUGGACGUGAAGAUACUGCAGAACGUGCAGCUCUACUAGAGGAACUUGCUGCCCUUCGACAGAAAAAAGAGCAGCUAAAGGCAGAAAUAGACAAAUACAGAGAAUGUGACCCAGACGUCAUUGAAGAAAUGCGCCAAACAAACAAAGUAGCCAAGGAGGCAGCCAACAGAUGGACUGACAAUAUCUUCUCAAUAAAGUCCUGGGCCAAACGUAAAUUUGGAUUUGAAGAGAGCAGAAUUGACAAAGGUUUUGGAAUCCCAGAAGAUCUGGAUUACAUUGAUUAGUGUUCAGCAGUUGAUGACUGACACAGUUGUACAUAGUUUGUUUAAAUAUUCUCAGUUGGCAUUUCAAUGUGUAUCUGAAUCUUUUCCGAGCAGCUUUAUAAUUUGCAGGUUU